AUGGGUCAGGGAGAGGUGGUGUUAGCAAAGCAUGUGUAUGAGCAGGUUUUACAAACGCUGGACAAUCUCGUGUAUAGUGAAGAUCUGAAUAAGUUUCCAGUCAGUGCUACCUCCUCACCUUGCCCUAAUUCUCCUCUGCCUUCCCUCAGUACCAGUGGAGAACCUUCCAUUGAAAGGAAGGAGAAUGGGUUGUUCAGCCACUCCAGCCUUUCUAACUCUUCUCAAAAGUCCUUGUCUCUGAAGGAAGUGAAAUCUUUUACCCAGAUUCAAGCCAACUUUUGUAUAUCAGAGCUUCAAGUCCAGCUAAGUGGAGAUCUGACUUUGGGGGCCCAGGGUCUUGUGAGCUUAAAGUUUCAGGAUUUUGAGGUGGAAUUCAGUAAAGACCAUCCUCAGACUUUAUCUAUUCAGAUUGCCCUGCGCUCUCUGCUGAUGGAAGACUUACUGGAGAAAAAUCCGGAUUCCAAAUAUAAGAACCUGAUGGUGUCUCGGGGAGCCCCUAAGCCAUCUAGUUUAGCACAAAAAGAGUAUCUUUCUCAGUCUUGUCCUUCGGUAUCCAAUGUGGAGUAUCCUGACAUGCCUCGGUCUCUCCCUUCCCACAUGGAAGAAGCUCCUAAUGUCUUCCAGCUGUAUCAAAGACCCACCUCAGCAUCCCGGAAGAAGCAAAAGGAAGUCCAAGACCAGGACUGUCCCUUGACCCCACCCCCUUCUCCAACAGUAGAUGAGCCAAAGAUACUUGCUGGAAAGAGUAAAUUUGAUGAUUCCUUGGUACAUAUCAACGUAUUGUUGGUGGAUAAGAAACAUCCAGAAUUCUCUUCCAGUUAUAACCGAGUUAACCGGAACAUUGAUGUUGAUUUUAACUGCUUGGAUGUGCUGAUCACGCUGCAAACCUGGGUCGUGAUCCUAGAUUUUUUUGGAAUUGGCUCCACUGCAGACAACCACGCAAUGAAGGUACUGCCCGAGGACGUUCUACAAAACGUCAAGUCAGAAUCAGAUGCUCUCCCGGAGUCUGAACUUCAGGAUCCAGUUAACACCAAGCUGGACCUCAAGGUUCAUUCGCUCUCUCUUGUGCUGAAUAAGACCACCAGUGAGCUUGCUAAAGCAAGUGUAUCCAAAUUAGUGGCACACCUGGAAAUGAUUGACGGAGACCUGGCCUUACAGGGAAGCAUUGGGAGCCUGUCCCUGAGUGACCUCACAGCCCAUGGAGAAUUCUACAGAGAGCGGUUCACUACAAGUGGAGAAGAAGCGCUCAUCUUCCAGACUUUUAAAUACGGCCGGCCUGACCCUCUGCUCCGGAGAGAACACGACAUCCGAGUGAGCCUGCAGAUGGCCUCCGUGCAGUAUGUGCACACGCAGCGCUUUCAGGCCGAGGUGGUGGCCUUCGUGCAGCACUUCACUCAGCUGCAAGAUGUCUUAGGGCGCCAGCGAGCGGCGAUCGAGGGCCAGACGGUAGGAAGGCCCAUUUCCGUGUUUUCGUGCCGACUAGGGAAUGAGCACGAUACAGCUCUUUCAAUUGUUGAUCCAGUUCAAAUUCAAGUGGAGCUGGUGGGGAAUUCUUCUUACCAGAAUAGUUCAGGAUUGAUGGAUGCAUUCAAUAGUGAAGAUUUCCCACCGAUCUUAGAGAUUCAGUUACAAGCCCUGGAUAUCAGACUCUCCUACAAUGAUGUUCAGCUGUUUCUUGCCAUUGCAAAAUCCAUCCCAGAGCAAGCUAACGCUGCAGCGCCGGACCCAGUGGCCUUGGAGACCAGCUCCAUUAGCAGUUACCUUUCCGGCACGUCUCGGGCUGGAGAGGAGAUCAGAGAAGGGACAAGACAUACCCUAGAUCCUGUCUUGGAGUUACAGCUGGCUAGACUGCAGGAGCUUGGAUUCAGCAUGGAUGAUUGUCGCAAAGCCCUUUUGGUGUGCCAAGGCCAACUGAAAAAGGCAGCAAGUUGGUUGUUUAAGAAUGCCGAACCUCUGAAGUCUCUUUCCCUGGCUUCAAGUGGCCGCGAGAGCCAGGGGCCCGUGGUGGCGCGGCUAAUCUCUGGAGUGGAGGUGAAAGCCGAGAGCGUGUGCAUCUGCUUCAUCGACGACUGCAUGGACUGUGACGUCCCUCUGGCUGAGCUCACCUUUUCCCGUCUGACUUUUCUGCAGCAAGCAAGAGCUAGCCCUGAAGGGUACGCCCACUUCACCCUCUCCGGAGAUUAUUACAACCGCGCUCUGUCAGGCUGGGAGCCAUUUAUUGAGCCAUGGCCAUGCUCUGUAUCUUGGCAACAGCAGGCAGCUAGUCGUCUCCAUCCUCCUCGACUGAAGCUGGAAGCCAAGGCCAAACCCCGUUUGGAUAUCAACAUCACCUCUGUGCUAAUUGACCAGUAUGUAAGUACCAAGGAAUCGUGGAUGGCAGAUUACUGUAAGCAGGAAAAGGAGAUAGAUUCAACCACAUCAGAAGACUGGAUGGGCUCUUCAGUGGAUCCUCCAUGCUUUGGACAAAGCCUCCCCCUUGUCUACCUUAGAACUAGGAGUACAGCCAGUCUGACUAACCUAGAGCACCAGAUCUAUGCUAGAGCAGAGGUGAAGACCCCCAAGCGCCGGCAGCCGUUUGUCCCUUUUGCUCUGAGGAACCACACAGGCUGCACUUUGUGGUUUGCCACCCUGACCACCACGCCCACCAGGGCUGCGCUGUCCCACAGUGGGAGUCCAGGGCUCGUUCCAGAAGGCAAUGGCACAUUUCUUGAUGAUGCUCACAAUGUUAGUGAAUGGCGGGAAGUCCUCACCGGGGAAGAGAUUCCCUUUGAAUUUGAAGCAAGAGGAAAGCUUAGACACAGACACACCCACGACCUCCGGAUUCAUCAGCUGCAAGUGAGAGUAAAUGGCUGGGAGCAAGUGAGCCCCGUGUCCGUGGACAAAGUUGGGACAUUUUUCCGCUAUGCGGCACCGGAUAAGAAUUCAUCUUCCUCUACGAUUGGCAGCCCCAGCAGUAGAACGAAUAUUAUUCAUCCCCAGGUUUAUUUCUCUUCGCUCCCACCUGUCCGGGUGGUCUUUGCCGUGACGAUGGAAGGCAGCGCUAGGAAAGUAAUCACUGUCCGGUCUGCCCUCAUUGUGAAGAACAGGCUUGAGACACCAAUGGAGCUAAGACUGGAUAGCCCAUCAGCUCCAGACAAGCCUGUGGUGCUUCCCGCUAUCAUGCCAGGGGAUUCGUUCGCUGUGCCUUUACAUCUCACUUCUUGGCGGCUACAGGCCCGGCCCAAAGGAUUGGGUGUAUUUUUCUGUAAGGCUCCUAUUCACUGGACCAAUGUAGUGAAGACUGCAGAGGUUAGCAGCAGCAAACGAGAGUGCCACUCUAUGGACUUGGACAAAAGCCGAUUCUUCAGGUUUUGUGUGGCCAUAAAGAAGGAGAAUUACCCGGAUUAUAUGCCCUCAAACAUAUUUUCUGAUAGUGCAAAACAGAUCUUCAGACAACCUGGACAUACCAUAUACCUCCUGCCAACUGUGGUCAUCUGCAACUUGCUACCUUGUGAACUUGACUUUUAUGUUAAAGGGAUGCCAAUUAAUGGGACCCUGAAACCCGGCAAAGAGGUGGCCCUCCACACAGCUGAUACAUCGCAGAACAUUGAACUGGGGGUAUCACUGGAGAAUUUUCCACUCUGUAAAGAAUUGCUCAUUCCACCUGGAACCCAAAACUACAUGGUAAGAAUGCGACUGUAUGACAUCAACCGGCGGCAGCUGAACCUCACCAUCCGGAUUGUGUGUCGAGCAGAAGGAUCCUUAAAGAUCUUCAUUUCUGCUCCAUAUUGGUUGAUUAACAAAACAGGGUUACCACUGAUCUUCAGACAGGACAAUGCAAAGACAGAUGCUGCAGGCCAGUUUGAGGAACAUGAGCUGGCCCGGAGCCUGAGCCCUCUCUUAUUCUGCUACGCUGACAAAGAGCAGCCAAACCUCUGCACGAUGAGAAUCGGAAGGGGGAUUCAUCCUGAAGGCAUGCCGGGCUGGUGUCAGGGCUUCUCGCUGGAUGGUGGUAGUGGUGUACGAGCUUUGAAAGUCAUCCAGCAAGGAAACCGCCCAGGGCUGAUCUAUAACAUUGGGAUUGAUGUCAAGAAAGGCCGAGGUCGAUAUAUUGACACCUGUAUGGUCAUCUUUGCCCCUCGUUACCUGUUAGAUAAUAAAUCAUCUCACAAGCUUGCAUUUGCACAGAGGGAAUUUGCCCGGGGACAGGGAACAGCCAAUCCUGAAGGUUACAUUUCCACCCUUCCUGGUUCCAGUGUGGUGUUCCAUUGGCCUCGGAAUGACUAUGAUCAGCUCUUAUGUGUCAGAUUGAUGGAUGUUCCCAACUGUAUUUGGUCUGGAGGCUUUGAAGUCAACAAGAAUAAUUCCUUCCAUAUCAACAUGAGAGAUACCCUGGGGAAGUGCUUCUUCCUGCGCGUGGAAAUCACUCUCCGAGGAGCUACCUACAGGAUCUCGUUCAGUGACACGGACCAGUUACCCCCUCCUUUCCGAAUUGACAACUUUUCUAAGGUUCCGGUGGUCUUUACUCAGCACGGUGUAGCUGAACCCAGGCUCCGAACCGAAGUGAAGCCCAUGACUUCAUUGGAUUACGCCUGGGAUGAACCCACCCUGCCUCCUUUCAUCACGCUGACCGUGAAGGGGGCGGGCUCCUCGGAGCUCAACUGCAACAUGAAUGAUUUCCAGGAUAACCGACAGCUUUAUUAUGAAAACUUCAUUUACAUUGCUGCUACGUAUACAUUCUCGGGUUUACAGGAGGGGACGGGAAGGCCUGUGGCCUCCAGCAAGACCACUGCCUGUGCAGAGCUUGUCUUGGAUGUCUCACCAAAGACACAAAGAGUCAUUUUAAAGAAGAAGGAGCCCGGGAAGCGCUCCCAGCUGUGGAGGAUGACCGGCACGGGCAUGUUGGCCCACGAGGGAUCUUCGGUGCCUCACAACCCCAAUAAGCCCUCUGCGGCCCGCUCCCCGGAGGGCUCCGUCAUCUUGGAUAUCGCUGGUCUCGCUGCAGUAACUGACAACAGAUAUGAGCCACUGAUGCUGAGAAAGCCAGAUCGCAGGCGAAGCACAACUCAGACAUGGAGUUUCCGGGAAGGAAAACUGACCUGCGGCCUGCACGGGUUGGUUGUCCAGGCCAAAGGAGGGCUUUCUGGUUUGUUUGAUGGAGCUGAAGUUGUUCUUGGUCCUGAUACUUCCAUGGAGCUUCUGGGGCCAGUUCCACCUGAACAACAGUUUAUCAACCAAAAACUGAGGCCUGGUUCUGGAAUGUUAUCCAUCAGAGUCAUCCCAGACGGACCAACUAGAGCACUCCAGAUAACAGAUUUCUCCCAACGGAAAAGUGACCGUUCAUCAUAUGAAGUGGAUGAACUUCCUGUUACUGAACAAGAGGUACAGAAAUUAAAGAAUCCAGACACAGAGCAGGAAUUGGAAGUGCUUGUGAAGUUAGAAGGUGGAAUUGGGUUGUCCUUAAUUAAUAAAGUCCCAGAAGAACUGGUCUUUGCAAGUCUUACAGGAAUCAAUGUGCAUUAUACGCAGUUGGCAACAAGUCAUAUGCUUGAGCUCAGCAUACAGGAUGUGCAGGUGGACAAUCAGCUCAUUGGUACCACGCAGCCCUUCAUGCUCUAUGUGACUCCCCUGAGCAAUGAGAAUGAGGUCAUCGAGACCGGCCCAGCCAUGCAGGUGAAUGCGGUGAAGUUCCCCAGUAAGAGCGCGCUGACCAACAUCUACAAGCAUCUGAUGAUCACGGCUCAGAGAUUCACAGUGCAAAUUGAGGAGAAACUGCUCCUCAAGCUGCUGAGUUUUUUUGGCUACGAUCAAGCAGAAUCAGAGGUGGAAAAAUAUGAUGAAAACCUCCAUGAAAAGACGGCUGAGCAAGGUGGAACACCAAUUCGCUACUACUUUGAAAAUCUCAAAAUCAGCAUUCCCCAGAUCAAGCUGAGUGUGUUCACCUCCAACAAGCUACCAUUGGAUCUUAAGGUGAGCUGA